UAAGGAGCAUAAUGGAUGAACUUUUGGAAAUGUUUAACACCUUCAUAGGUGAAGCAUUUGACCGUGAAAAAGCGAUGGAUGUUGAGUUCACUGAGUUCGAGAAGAAGUUAAACGAAUGUGUUACGCUUGCUAACGAGCGGGGCACACCGAUCCAGAACAAGAAACGGCCAAAGCGGCAGGUCUCUAUUUCGGAAAAAGAUGAACAAGAUGCUGAUCGCAGUAGCAAGUCUAAGACUGCAUUAAACAGCGGUACUGCGGAAGUUCAAGUAUCCAGUGAUCGCGUCGCUGCAUCGCACGUCCGAUCGUCGGCCCGCAUGCUGAACGUUACCGAUAAUAAAGGUGCUGGCGACGAGCAGGAACCCCAACCAAUGGAAAUGGGCAACGAGCUGGUUGAAACGAGUACCGCUAUCCGUCCAUCGAGAACGGCCCGGCUCAAGGCACAGGAGAAGCUGAAAGAACCGACACUGAAGGUGAAGCUUCGUAAUGACGGUGGAACGACAGUCGACAUCAAGAUCGAGCGUAGCUCUGUCGUCACCGAUAGAAGCAUGGUUAAGGAGAGAGCCACGCCGGAGCAAACAUACGCGGACAUGGAAACGGAGAACGAUGCAAACCAGGCCAAUAGGAUUAUUCCACCAGUGGCCGGCAGCAAACGCAACGAUGAAGGCUUUUCGAGUGCUUCCGAAGCAUUAAAACAUCCUCAGGAGGAGGAGGAGAAAAAAUCAUCCACCUCACGGGAAUUGUCCCUGAUGGUCAUUGCACCGACCAUACCGAAGGUGGAAAUUGUAUCCGACGAAGAGAUGCCUCCACCAAUGAUGCCACCACCUAAAGUGCCCGCUCCUAAGGUACGCACGAAAAAGAAGGUUCCGGCUUCAACGGGUGGAAAGAAUGGAAAAGAAAAGGAAGCUUCCAAUGAUACGGCCUCCAGUUCCGCCGUUUCGUCUGCCGACUCGACGAUGAACAGUACGAACAGCUCCGUUGGUAGCAGCAACACAAGCACUGCCAGUGGCCGUCCAAUCCGGACAAAAUUGAAGAUGCCAGCCAAACAGACAGAUCAGGUGACAGCGCUGCCAACGGGUAGCAAGGAGCUGAGUGUGAUGAUCGAACCGAUUCGUAUUAAAACGGAAAAACUUUCACUCGUACAGCAGUCAGCCAGGACGUCCGAAAGGUCUACCUACGAGGACGCACAGGAGCAGCAAACCCAAUCACACCUGGAACGCUCGCAGCUCGAAAAGCAAAUGCGUCCACUGAAGAUUGCGCUGGAAAGGAUGCCUUUGCAAACGGCAGCCAAUGCACGUGCAAAUGAUCAAUUUGACUUGAAUGGAACAUACACGACGCAACCUUUGCCUUCUUCGGAUGGAACGUUCGUUUUGCCCUCGUCGGUGCAGGAUGGCACGUUUACGAUCAGCUCGCCCAUGGAUAACGAACGUGACAUCGCCAAGGAUGGAACCGAACCAAAUCGAUCCGGACCACCAGUACAGCGAGCGAAUGAAACGUUCGUUAUUGAUAAGGAUCAGCGCUCGAAUGGUGAGCAGGAAGGAGCAAUGGCGGCCAAUGCUAGCAUCAUGACCGAAGACGACUCAGUGGUAGAAAACUCACCCGCCCAGAUGAGCAAGUUGCCAGAGCAAACAAAAGUGAAACCGCCAUCGUUCGAGCAAAAAGUGGCACCACCGGCAACGGGUCCAAAACCCAAGCAUCUCUCCUCCACCUUGAAGAAGUGUGCUAGCAGUGGGGUAGCUGUGAACGGAAGCACCAAAACGAUGUCGGAAGCGAAGAAAAACAAGGAACUCUUCAAUCCGUGCGUGAUGAGUCCGAUCAAGAGCCGGAUUGAAGCGUUUGAAAAGUGUGCUACCACAUCCUCGAAGAUUGGUACACCGCAGGCACAGAUCGGCCGCCUCCUGAAGACGGUUAGCACACCGACAAUGCACGGCAUCGAGACACAGGGCAUGGUUCGAUCGGCACACGCCAAACCGCUUGCAUCCAACGUCUAUACGCCUAACGCGGCCACCAUACCCGUACCGAAAGCAUCAUCGGCCUCGAAAGCUGCUCAGAUGCAGAGCAGAGCCGUGCAUCAUCAUACGACCGCUAGUGGUGGCACUGGUCAAAUGACACGUAGUCAAUCGCGUGACUCUAGCUGGGACCGUGCUAAUGGUGGUGGUGGUGGCAGCGGAACAUUAUCGGCAGCCUCGUCCACCUCGUCGCUGCUCGAUGAGAAGAAGAAAAAGCGCGAAGAAAAGCAACGGCUGGCGGCUGCGCAACGGGAAGCGAUGGAGCGUGAGAAGCGUGAGCACGCGGAACGGUUAGUACGCGAGAAGGAGGAAAAGUAUCGCAAGUUGGUUCAUGAAAAGCAGGAAAAGAUGCGUAUCGAUGCGCAGAAGAAGGCGCGCAAGCUGGAAGAGUUUGAGAAGCGUCGGCAGCUGGAAGAGCAAAGGACGCUUGCCGAUCAGAAGCGGGACGAGCUGGCAAAACAGAUGGCCGAACAGCAAAGAAUCGACCGAGAGCUGCUGGAAACGCUGAAACAUAGCCAGGCUAAGGAAAACCAUGAAGUCAAACUACACAAGCAGUUGUACCAGCAGAAAUUACGCCAGCAGCAGCAACAGCAGCAGCAACAGGCUGCGAAGAAGAAAUUGGCUACCGCCGCCAAAAGCCAGUUGUUCACGUUCGAAAUGAUCGACACAGAUGAUUCCACCGAUGAGGAAGGAGAGGAAGAUCCAAACGCCAAACCACGCAACAAAAAGCGACCACCGGUGCCGGAAUGGUGCAAGAAGACACCCGAAUACUGGAAGCAACUCGCGAUGCAGGGCCAAAUCGAUAGCAAGAUAAUUGAUCGGCUGUUUUCCGUGCAACCGAUGACGCCCGAUCUGCGCGUACUCUUCCCUUCGAUCGACGCGCAGAAGCUAAAGCGAAACUCGAGUGCAAUUUGGCGUACCCCGCCACGCUACUCGCAACUUCCGUAA